UCCUCCAAUCGCGUCCGCCCUUACUGCCGGGUGGGCUGAGCUGCCCGCCUGCACGCCCAGCUGAUCCGAGGCUCGGCCAUGUCAGCUCCAGAUUCAGGCAGUGGGCCUCCUGGGCAGCCAGCUCCAUUUCCUCCAGCCCCACCUCCACCACCAAUUCUCCCUCCUCCCUUUAUGCCUCCUCCUGGUAUCCCUCCUCCUUUUCCUCCAAUGGGAUUGCCCCCAAUGGGACCACGCCCACCCUCUAUGCCACCUAUGCCCCCAGGCAUGAUGCCGCCUCCCCCGAUGAUUCCACCCAUGCCUGGACCACCACCCCUAGGGCAGAUGCCCACAAUGGUGCCACCAAUGCUGCCUGGGAUGAUAAUGCCUGGGGUACCAGGUGGGCCUGUUGCUGUCUCUGGAGGGGCAGCUCCAGCAACAGACCCAUCCAACACCACGGUGACCCAGGCAGGACCUAUGAUCCCAAAUCCAUUGUCAGGUGCCAUGCAACAGAAUGUGAUUGUCGGCAGCUCCCCAGGAUUGGACGCCGGCCGGAAGAAGCCUGCAUGGACUGAACAUCGGGCCCCUGAUGGGCGAGUUUAUUACUACAACUCUGAAACCAAACAAUCAAGUUGGGAAAAGCCAGAUGAGCUGAAGUCCAAGGCAGAGCUCUUGCUGUCGCACUGUCCCUGGCGUGAGUACCGCUCGGAGACCGGUAAACCCUAUUACUACAACACUCAGAGCAAAGAGUCCCGCUGGACCCGGCCUCGUGAGCUUGAUGACAUUGAGGCACUGAUCAAGGAAGAAGAGGAAGAAGCAGAGAGGCAGCAACAGCCCCAGCAACCGGAGACACCAUUGUCGGGCCCGGCCAGUCCCAGCCCAUCGUCUGCAGCCACCUCAGACACAGAAGGCACUGGUGGCGUAGAAGGAAGGGAGACCCCAGGCACCGAGGGGGUACCUGCUGCAGCUGAGGAGGAGAUCACAAGCAGUUGUGAUCCUGUCCGGAGAGACGAGGAAGAUCGUGGCGCUGGCAACGCCUGGAGCAACAAGGAAGAAGCCAAGCAAGCUUUUAAGGAGCUGCUCAAAGACAAGGGCGUCCCAGCAAGCGCAUCGUGGGAGCAGGCCAUGAAGCUCAUCAGCAAUGACCCGCGGUUCAGCGCUUUGCCCAAACUGAGUGAGAAGAAGCAGGCUUUCAAUGCCUACAAGGCUCAACGGGACAAGGAGGAGAAGGAAGAGGCCCGGCUCCGGGCAAAGGAAGCCAAGGAGGAGCUGCAACGCUUCCUGGAACAGCACAACAAGAUGAAUUCCACCACCCGCUACAGGAAAGCUGAGCAGAUGUUUGGAGAGCUGGAAGUAUGGGCCAUGGUGCCAGAGCGUGACCGCAAGGAGAUCUACGAUGACGUUCUCUUUUUCCUGGCCAAAAAAGAAAAGGAGCACACCAAGCAGCUGCGUAAGAGGAACAUCCAGGCUCUGAAGAGCAUCCUGGACAGCAUGAGCCGCGUCAGCUUCCAGACCACCUGGUCCGAGGCCCAGCAGUACCUGAUGGACAACCCUAGCUUUGCUGAGGAUGAAGACCUGCAAAACAUGGACAAGGAGGAUGCCUUAAUCUGUUUUGAGGAGCACAUCCGGACGCUGGAAAGGGAGGAGGAGGAGGAGCGUGAGCAUGGCCGGCUACGAGAGAGACGCCAGCAGCGCAAGAACAGGGAAGCCUUCCAGGCCUUCUUGGACGAGCUUCACGAAAGCGGGCGCCUGCACUCCAUGUCCACAUGGAUGGAACUGUACCCCUCCCUCAGCACCGACAGACGUUUUGCCAACAUGUUGGGCCAGCCUGGCUCCACCCCACUGGACCUGUUUAAGUUCUAUGUGGAAGACCUGAAGGCCCGCUUCCAUGAUGAAAAGAAGAUUAUCAAGGACAUCCUGAAGGACCGGAGCUUCAGCGUGGAAGUAAAUACAACCUUUGAGGACUUCGCCCAUGUCAUCAGUUUUGACAAACGUGCUGCCACUCUGGAUGCUGGCAACAUUAAGCUGACUUUCAACAGUCUGCUGGAGAAGGCUGAGGCGCGGGAGCGGGAGCGGGAAAAGGAAGAAACCCGUAAGAUGCGGCGCAAGGAGGCAGCAUUCAAGAGCAUGUUGCGCCAGGCAGCUCCGCCACUGGAACCUAGCACCGCCUGGGAUGAGGUCCGAGAGCGGUUUGUCAAUAACACAGCCUUUGAGCAGAUCACGCUGGAGUCAGAGAGGAUCCGCCUCUUUCGUGAGUUCCUGCAACUCCUGGAGACUGAGUGCCAGCAUUUCCAUGCCAAGGCCAAGAAGCAUGCCAAGAAGCCCAAGAAGCAUCAUCGCAAACGCUCCGCUUCGGGCUCAGAGUCAGGCUCAGACCAUCCCCACCGCGCAGCCAAGCGCAAGAAACGAAACCAUUCAGAAUCAGCUGGUUCAGGGCCGUCGUCUUCACCCGAUUCAGAGCACAGCACCAGGCGCUCCAAGAGGCAGAAGAAGAAAAGCAAGAAGAAGAGGCACAAAUCGAACAGCCCUGAAAGUGAAGCUGAGCACAAGAAGGAGCCGACCCGACCUGAUGAGUGGGAGCAAGAGAAGGCACCUCCGCGACCUGAGGGAAGAGGCCACUCCCCUCCCCGGGGCAACAGGAGGGAGCGGAGCGGCUGGGACACCUCGGAGAGCGAGGAGCUCAGUGAAGGGGAGCUGGAACGUCGGCGCCGGACUCUGCUGCAGCAACUGGGUGACCAGUAACCACCACUGCCUCUUUCGAGGCUCCCCUUUCACACGUCAGACCCAGUUUGGUCCUUGUUCCUGCGUAUCGGCUGUGCCUUCCUU